UUCGCAGCCGAGCCGCUGAGCCCGACCGGACCCCAGCCCUCCCAGCCCCCCGCCGGUGCACCCAGUCAGCCCCCCACAGCCCCACACAGCAAGCCGGCCAGCAGCAGCUCCACCCGGCCAACAUGUCCAAAGAGGGAAAGAGCGAGAGGAUCAUGGAGGCGGAGGGCAAGGUGCUGUGGUACCCGGACUCCAAGAGGAACACGAGGAUGGACACGUUCCGGACGCAGGUCAACGGGAACCACGGGCUGAAUCUGGCUAACUACAGCGACCUGUACCAGUGGUCGGUGGACAGCUACCCAGAGUUCUGGGCGGAGGUGUGGAGCUUCUGUGGAGUCGUCAGCUCCAAACCGUACGAGGAGGUGGUGGACGUAUCCAAGCGGAUCUCAGAUGUUCCAGAGUGGUUUAAAGGGGCUCGGCUGAACUACACUGAGAACCUGCUCAAACAUGCAGACCAGGACAAAGUGGCUCUCUACGCUGCAAGCGAAGCGAAUGACGAGAUCCAGAAGGUGACGUUUGGGGAGCUGAGGCGUGACGUGGCCGUGUUCGCUGCAGCCAUGAGGAAGAUGGGCAUCCAGCCUGGAGACAGGGUUGUAGGCUACCUACCCAAUGGUGUCCAUGCAGUGGAGGCCAUGUUGGCCGCCGCCAGCAUCGGAGCCGUGUGGAGCUCCACGUCUGUCGACUUUGGCGUCAACGGCGUCCUUGACAGGUUUUCCCAAAUCCAGCCCAAACUCAUCUUCUCUGUGUCUGCCGUGGUUUACAACGGCAAAACACACGACCACAUGGAAAAGCUGAUCAGUGUCGUCAAAGGUUUGCCUGACCUGAAGAAAGUGGUUGUCAUCCCCUAUGCUCGCUCCAAACACGAGACUGACCUCUCCAAGAUCCCCAACAGUGUUUUUAUAGACGAUUUCUUGGCGUCCGGACGAGGUGACGGUGGCCAGUUUCCUCAGCUGGAGUUUGAGCAGCUUCCGUUCAAUCAUCCUCUGUACAUCAUGUACUCGUCUGGAACCACAGGGGCUCCUAAAUGCAUGGUGCAUUCUGCUGGGGGCACGCUCAUCCAACACUUGAAGGAACACAUCAUCCAUGGCAAUAUGAACAGCAGUGAUGUCAUCAUCUACUACACAACGACUGGCUGGAUGAUGUGGAACUGGCUGGUGUCGGCUCUGGCAACGGGAGCCUCAGUGGUUUUGUACGACGGUUCACCACUGAUGCCCACACCUGAUGUACUGUGGAACCUGACGGACCAGCUGGGCAUCACCAUCUUUGGCACCGGGGCCAAGUGGCUGUCUGUGCUGCAGGAGAAGAACCUGAAACCCGCGGAAACACACAACCUCCAGUCGCUCCACACCAUCCUGUCGACCGGGUCUCCUCUCAAACCUCAGAGCUACGACUACGUGUACCGCUGCAUCAAGAGCAACGUGCUGCUGGGCUCCAUUUCAGGCGGCACUGACAUAGUGUCAUGUUUCAUGGGUCAGAACCCAACAGUUCCAGUGUAUCGCGGCGAGAUCCAAGCACGAAACCUCGGCAUGCCUGUGGAAGCCUGGAGCCUCGAUGGUAAACCUGUAUGGGGAGAAAGUGGGGAGCUUGUCUGCCUGAAGCCGAUCCCCUGUCAGCCAACACACUUCUGGAAUGACGAGAACGGGAGCAAGUACCACAAAGCAUACUUUUCUUCGUACCCUGGUGUAUGGGCUCAUGGAGAUUACUGUAAAAUCAACCCAGAGACAGGGGGCGUCGUCAUGCUGGGCAGAAGCGACGGAACGCUGAACCCCAACGGAGUCCGGUUCGGCAGCUCGGAGCUCUACAACAUCGUGGAAGCUUUUGAGGAGGUGUCAGACAGUCUGUGCGUUCCCCAGUACAGCGCGGAUGGAGAGGAGCGGGUUAUUUUGUUCCUGAAGAUGGCUCCUGGAAAGCCCUUCUGUCCGGAGUUGGCGACGAGGAUUCGGGGAGCCAUCAGAAAAGCUUUGUCCGCCCGACACGUCCCCGCGCUGCUGCUGGAGACCCGAGACAUUCCUUACACCAUCAGCGGUAAGAAGGUGGAGGUGGCCGUGAAGCAGGUGAUCGCCGGCCGAGAGGUGGCGCAGAGAGGAGCCUUCUCCAACCCGGAUUCACUGGACCUCUUCAAGAACAUUCCUGAGCUGCAAAACUUCUAGAGCCGAGAGAAAGACCCACGGAGAAGAACCGCCCGACGAGACUUCAGCUUAGUUUUUAAAUGAUCUAUUUGAAUCUGCAGGAACAGGGAGAAGUGCAGUGAUAGGGUCGUUUACACAGGAGCCCUGAGCAUUUGUACAGGGAUCCAAAACAAAACAAAAAAAUGUAUGUCAAAGUGAUUUGGUACAAAUAAUUUGUAUAUAUAAUAAUACGUUUGUAGUAUCAGGUCGACGAGAGACUAAAACCAUGAGGCGCCCUGCUGCAAUCCCAGGAUCAAACAGCCGCUCCUUGUCUGUUGUGCAGGUAAAUGUUUUUGUGGAUUCAGCUUUUGGUUUAAUAAACAUAACUUAGCAGGACAUGUGAAGAAAGCUCAAGCUCUGAAGCCACAGACGAUGGAGUCGUGAAAUUCAACUUUGAGCUCUUUGCUUCGGCUCCGCUCUCUGAUGCUUGUCAGCCAGUGAUGAACCUCAGAAAGUCUCUGUGUCGCCUGCUUUGACCCCGGUGACGGUUACUGAGUCGGUCCCAGGCAUCUCCGCUCUGCAGACAACUACUGGGAUCACCAUCUCAUCGUUAUGUCUUUCUCUAUUACAUGUAUAUAUGAAUAUAUAUUUUUUGGACUGUGAAACAUGAUAGAUAUGCAUUUAAAGAUGGUGACCUAAAACUGUUAGUUAUUCACAAGUUUGAGUCCCAACAUGCCUCAAGAUACAGAGUGUCCCAAUUCAGGGGCCGCUCCCCCCCGAGGAUACGGUGAACGCAGCCCAUGAAGGGUCGCCUACGGAGGGUUUCCGUAAUUUGCGUUACCGGCUUGUACCGCCUUUAUCGCUGUCGCCAAUGUCGUGCAAUCUGCGAAGGUCGAACCAUAAUAUAAUGAUCUGGUCUACGGAUGAUUUCCGUAAUUGUCCUCACAUUGUCCCGCCCGACGAGAAAGUUUCAACGCCCCUUGGUUGUUUUUUUAGCGUGUGCACCGUUAACUGUUUAGUUGUGUUGGAAAAGUGGAAGCGUUGCCAUUACCUUUUUGAAAAAUAGUUCAUCACAAAAGUGCAAUGAAUCGAGGGAUAGGUUGGCAUCCGUGGGCUGUGAUGCAAUCGGCCCCUGAAUUGGGACACAAUCGGAAUUGGAUUAAAACAACCAGAGAUUCUAUAUAAACAAAGACUUACAGAUAAUUUAACCCAAACUGAAAACAUGUAUUGACCUCUUGUGUAUAACAAAAUCAAAUGUAACCGUCAUCUGACUGUUCUCUUGAUUCCAUUUCAAUCCGCCCAAGACGUUGUGGUAUGAAGGUUUUGAAUUUUUUUGUGUGACCUGAAGUUCAGCAAAUGUUCACAUCGCCACAAAAGCCUGUGUUUGUUGGUUCCAUAUCAAUGUUGUCAUAACUCCCUUCAGACUGCAGCAGUUCAGCCUGGUUUUUGCUUUGUAUAAUGUGGGGAAUUAUUUAUUCAGUAUUUUCUCAUGAUGUGCUACAAAAGCUAAAGGCCAGUUAAUGCUGUUAAAGAUGAACUGGAGUGGUUUUGUUGGUAAGACAGAGCAACGUGGGCUUUAAAUAAGGUUUUCAUUUCCUGUUGGGAUAGAAAGAAGUAACCUGACCAGAAUGUGGAGAAAUCCCAGGUUCAAAUGUCAGAGAAGUGUUUGUACUAACCAUAGACUGUAUAACACAGUUGUAUAGGAUUUCCUUGUGUGUGUCUUUUUUUUAAAGGAGUUUUCUUGUUUGGUUUAUGAUUCAGUCUUUGUAGCUUGGUCGGGGUUAUUUAAAAAGAAAUGAAUGUAAGCAAAUCAACUGGAAAACUCUGCAGUUCAUCUUUAAUGUCAUUGUCACUGCUUAGAUUUAAAGAAUGUCAUCUUUUAAAGUGGCCCUGUCAAGUUUCUGACUACCAGGGGUGCUAUGGAGCAGUCUGAAUCCCUCAUACCGGGAUGCGAUACAUUAUAUUCCUGCCAUAGGUUUCAAGUUACUGAUGUUUUUAGGUGUCAAAGAAACAAACGGUACUUAAAUUGUAGUAGGUCAGACGUCGACAGGGAUCAUAACUCGUAAACUGUACACUUUGCACUUUACUGCAGUAUAUGUGACAUCGAUCAUGGUGAAAUCUGGUGAGACCUGGCAGAUCUACGUUUCCUUUCUGUAGUAUGCAUGCAGAAUUUUUUUUAAAUGUAGAAAAUGUUUUAAUUCUCAUGAAUAAAACAGACUUUGCAAACCUA